AUGAAGACGCUUUCCAUCGUCACCGCCUGGUUGGCAACUGCCGUCGUCGGCCAGUGGUACCCUGUCGACCGCAAAGGUGAGAUACCCAGUCUCGUCCCCUUCAGCACCGGCGAAGAGAUGCCCCUCGAUUGCAUCGAUCGUAAUAUCGACACCGGCGAACACAAGUUCGAUGACAAAAACCGGAUCAUGUAUGCCCCGUUCCCGAUGUGCAAAGAGACCGAGCGUCCGUUGCUGCUUAAAUACGGCGUGUCUGAAGACAUCGAGUGUACUAUUUACUUCUCAGAUACCUUAUACCAUUUGUUCCAGCUUUACAUCCACGAGGACGCUCCCUUCCUGUGUCGUUUCCCUUACUCAAACGAGAAGUCGUACAUUGAAGCUGGUGGGGCUCAAGUACCUAUCACUUUCAAUUUUAGAGGGCAAGUCACUGAUUCCAAGGUGGAAAUUGACCCCAACAUGAACGUGUUGUUGACCGGCAACAACGGCGGCAUUGUCCUGGCUGUGGCCUGGGGCUCGGGUACCAACACCACCCGUGUGGUCAUUGGUGACGAACUCAAGCUUAAGUUUGCCGUGAGAUGGGCUCAAGUCCCCAUUGAAGGUCUGAACGGUGCCCUGACCCCUGUCAAGGACGGGUGGUACAAGUUGCCCACCAAGUUCAUCUCGGAAACUCAAUAUUUCGCUCUGAUUUUGGCGGCGGUGGUGGUGUCGGCGGCACUUACCCUUAUCUUCUCGUACAAGCGGGUGCUGUCGAAGGUGAAGACGGCGUCGUGGGCUGACGAAGAAAUUACUAAGAACGACUAG